AUGGACAAGGCAAUGCAAAAGCUAUUGAUGGAAAUGGACAACCAGUUGAAUAAAAGUCAAGCUGAGUUGUCUAUUGUCAACCUCCAAUUAGGCAGAGUGGAUACCAAUCUCAAACUUAUAGAGCAUACCAGAAAGCAAAUCUCCAGACAUUGUGAGAAAGAUGAAACUGUAUGGCAGGGAAUUGGUAAAGCGUUUGUUGGACGUCCUACGGGAAGCUACUUGAAGGAAAUGGAUGCUGAUGAAAGUCAAUUCAAGGAAACAAAGAGUGGGUUAGGGAAGAAGAAGGUAUAUUUGGAGACCACAGUAGAGAAGACUGCUGAUAACAUGAGACAACUAGUUGGAAAGGUGUAA